CAACAUGUACACAAAAUGUGUAGUAAUGUUUUUGCGAUGAUAAAGCACUUAACCGAUACCGAUAUGGAAAAUGAGCGGUACAUAUCCGGAAAAAAAUUAGAAAAUAAUGCUAGUUUGGAAAGCCAAAGCACAGACGGGUUUCCCGAAUGGUUAUCAGAAGGUGACCGACGACUUUUACAGUCCACAACAGUGACAGUUAAUGCUACAGUUGCAGCUGACGGAAGUGGUGACUUUUCAACGGUUUCGGCUGCUGUUGCAGCUGCACCUCUGAAGAGUACUAGGAGAUAUAUAAUUAGGAUUAAAGCUGGUGUAUAUAGAGAAAAUGUUGAAGUUCCAAAAAAGAAGACAAACUUGAUGUUCUUAGGAGAUGGAAGAAAGAAGACGAUUAUCACCGGGAGUAAGAAUGUUGUGGAUGGGAGCACUACUUUCAAAUCUGCUACCGUUGCUAUUGUAGGAAAUGGGUUUCUAGCCAAGGGCAUUACAUUUAAAAACACCGCUGGACCGAGUAAACAUCAAGCUGUGGCACUCCGAGUUAGUUCAGAUUUAUCAGCAUUCUACGAAUGUGACAUGCUAGCAUACCAAGAUACACUCUACGUACAUUCUCUUCGUCAAUUCUAUAUCAAUUGUUUAGUAGUCGGGACGGUGGAUUUCAUAUUUGGAAAUGGUGCAGUUGUAUUGCAACAUUGCGAUAUUCAUGCACGCCGCCCUAACCCAGGACAGAAAAACAUGAUUACUGCUCAAGGCAGAACAGAUCCGAACCAGAAUACCGGAAUAGUAAUUCAAAAAUCAAGGAUUAGUGCUACUUCUGAUUUACUACUAGUGAAGAGUAGAUUUCCUACUUUCCUUGGUCGACCAUGGAAGCAAUAUUCGAGAACAGUUAUAAUGCAAUCGUCUAUAUCAAACGUCAUUGUUCCUGCUGGGUGGAGCGAAUGGGAAGGUGCUUUUGCUCUAGACACAUUGUUCUACGCAGAGUAUUUGAACACUGGUCCUGGUGCAGGAACUUCUGGAAGGGUUAAAUGGAAAGGAUAUAGAAUACUUACGAGUGCAAGUGAAGCUGCACCAUUUACGGUUGCCAACUUUUUUGCCGGAAGUAGUUGGUUGCGCAGAAAACUUACGAGUGCAAGUUCUAGGGUCUCUUUGAGGCCCUUUUCCCUUCUAAUUUUUUUUCCUUAUAUGACCUUUUUGAUUUGA